GCACCGCACAAAUAUUUAAUCACAGGACUAGACGGAAGGUCGAUAUAACAGGGAGGCCAUGUUGGAUUUUCAGUGAACUCCUCAUGUGACCCCGGACAUCAGAAAUGGACCCGUUCCGCAGAGCCCAGAUUAUCCUAUUGUGUGACCUCUGUAAAACUGCCCACCUACAGAGUCACUGUGAACGUUGUCAUAUAAAUCUAUGCCAGACCUGUGUUGGGAAGCACCUCUCGGAUUCGUCUAUAAGACACAAAGUCGUGCCCUAUAAAUACAGAAAAUCUCUUAACUACUCAACAUGUCCAGACCACGCCGACGAACUCUGUAAACAUUACUGUGAGAAAUGUGACAUUCCUGUCUGUUCUACCUGCGUCUCCUCAAGUAAACAUGAAGGUCACGAUACAUCAGAUAUUCUGGAAAAACUCUGCGCUAAAACAGAAAGUUUACAGAAAGAUCUGGACGAACUCGAGAGCAGAAUUUACCCGCGAUAUGAAGAAAUGGCGUCCGGUGUGCAAACUGAAAAAGCCGAGUUAGAAACGAAUUACGGGAAACUGACAACAAUUGCCGAUCAACAUGGAAAACUCCUACACCGGGAGAUCACCGCCAUUGUCAACCAGCGGAAAUCCGACAUUCAGGAGAUGAAAAUCAAACACCUAUCUACCCUGAAUAAAAAUACAGAAGAAAUCACACAGAAAAUGGCGGAACUCAAACAGAUCAUGUCCGACUUGAAAUCAAUCCUAAAAUCAAAUGACGUCUCCUUAACUUCUACUUACAAAUCUAGGACUUCCGAAUUUAGAAUAUUACCGCCUAAAGUCCGAGUUACAGUACCCAGUUUUUCUGCUCAGAAAAUAAACAAAGAUCAGCUCAAUGAAAUGUUUGGUUCUCUGCCGCCAUUAUCCAUUAACACAGAACAUGGCGCCACAAUGAAGUCAGCAGAAGCUGUAUCGUCUCCUCCAGUCAAACCACUGCUUGAUGAGCCGCGCGUCACCGCCGCCAUAAACACUGGGUAUAGCGGACUAUACAGUGUUAGCUGUCUGAGUGAAGAUCAAGUCUGGACAUGCAGUCAUUUAAACGACACCAUGAAGCUGCUCAACCUCCAGAGUAAACUACUGACAUCAAUACAAACCAAGUCAGGGAACAAACCAACAGACAUAGCAGUUACACGGGACGGAGAUCUUGUUUAUACUGACUCUAGUAAUAACACCGUGAACUUAAUUAAGAAUAAAAAGAUACAGACCAUGAUCACACUACAGGAGUGGAUACCUCUUUAUGUCUGCUGUACCGCGGGUAACGACCUCCUGGUUAUCAUGUACAGUGAUGAUGACAAACAAUCCAAAGUCGUGCGCUACUCCGGCUCCACAGAGAAACAAAGCAUUCAGUUUGAUGAUCAGGGUCGUCCUCUCUAUAAAUCUGGUUAUUACAGUAAAUACCUCAGUGAGAACAAGAACCUGGAUAUCUGUGUGGCUGACUAUAACGCUAGUGCAGUAGUGGUGGUCAAUCAGUCAGGAAAACUCCGAUUUAGAUACACUGGUCAUCCCUCUAAUACCAAGCUAUCAUUUACUCCAGUCGGCAUCACUACAGACAGCCAGAGUCACAUCCUGACAGCAGACAUUAACAAUAACCGUAUCCACAUCCUAGAUCAGGACGGACAGUUCCUCCGUUACAUUCACUGUCAUUUACGCAGUCCAUGGGGUUUAUGUGUGGACAUCAGAGACAACCUCUUUGUGGCUGAGUUAAACACUGCUAAAGUGAAGAAAAUCCAAUAUCUAUAAACAAAGUGUUAAUUACACAACUCUACAGUGUUAAUUACACAGCUCUACACAGUGUUAAUUACAUGUCUGAAACAUGUUCAUUACAUAUCUUUACAGUGUGUGUUAAUUACAACAUCAUGUUAAUUGCAUCACUUGUUAAUUUCAACCCUGUGUUAAUUACAGCCCUGUGUUAAUUACAGCCCCUUGUUUGUGAUGUGUAAUUAACAUGUACUUCUGCUAGCAAGUUUACUGAAAAUAAGUCAUUCACUGGUGUUUAGUAAAACCUGUAUUGUGUUUAGUAAAACAUCAUUAAUCUUAGUAUACUAAUUACUGAUCCAAAUGUGUUACUAGUUAAUUAUCUAUUUAUUUACAAUCUUUGGUGGACUAAUUUGACUGUGUUACUAGUUAUCUAUCUCUAUACAAUCUUUUGUGGACUAAUUUGACUGUGUUACUAGUUAUCUAUAUACAAUCUUUUGUGGACUAAUUUGACUGUGUUACUAGUUGUCUAUAUACAAUCUUUUGUGGACUAAUUUGACUGUGUUACUAGUUAUCUAUAUACAAUCUUUUGUGGACUAAUUUGACUGUGUUACUAGUUAUCUAUAUACAAUCUUUUGUUGACUGAUUUGACUGUGUUACUACAGUACCCGCAACGUUAUUCUUGACAUUCCUAUCGUUUGUAUAUCCUAUCGUAUCGUGCGUGUAUCCUAUCCUAUCGUGUAUCAGGUUUUCCGUUUUCUAUCGUGUUUUGCGUUUAUCAGGUUUAUCGUGUAUCGUAUUUUGCGUGUAUCAGGUUUUCCGUUUAUCGUGAAAUCGUUUAUCGUGUAGCUUCGGAAACUGUCGGGAUCGUAUAUAAAAUCUAAUGAAAAAGUACGAUACUUUCCGAAACCUUUAUUCGUUUUGUUAAAGAAGCUAUUUUUAGGAAUCGAGGAAAGACGGUAUAUUUGAAGGAGAACAUAAAGUUGUCGAUUUUAAGGCAGAAGAAGAGCUAUUUGUAUGUCCAGAGAGAGUGAAAAUUUAUCACAAUUUAAUUCUAAGUAGUCUGGAAAGUAGGCAGUGGUCUGUCGAACAAACCGAGGACAGUAAAUCUGAAAGCUCCUUCAUCUGAAGUUCAUAAACAUUUGUUGGCUAGAAACAAUUAUUUGUAAUUAACACUAACAGAAAAAUAGGGAGUUCUGAUUUGAAAGGAAAAAUCAGUAAAUUACAUUGUUUAUCACAUACAUGUAUAUUUUAAUAAUGGUUCUUUUUCUUCCGAUUUUUUUUCACCUGUAUGCUACUUAUAUAGCAACUGCUGAACUUGUGCGCGUCCUUAUAUCUGAUUUUGUGUAUCACCCGUGUUUUGACAGCUAACAUUCUCAGGGACAUUGUAUUUCACACAUUUAGGAGAUUAAGUUUUAUAAGGAUGCAAGGGUGUUGCAUUCCCCAAAAUUCUGCUCAAUUGGGCACGAUUCCGCUGUCAUCGUUGUUUUGUUGUUGUUUUUUGUACCAAUAGUCGUACGUGUAGAUACUGGAAAUUUAUGUUGGUUUUGAUGAUUAUUUGAAUUUUUACACACUAAGCGUUUCAAAAUUGCGAAUUUAAAACAAGCCGGGUUUUGUUUGUGUUUUAAACAGUUUAUUUAUGUUUUGUUAACAAAAUAUCAAUUCAAAUAAAUAUGUUCCAAUUACUUAUGACUAUCGAUUAUCAUUCAUAGUGUAAAAAUAUCUAACAGGUGUAGUGCGGUUGAUUUUUUUAAAGCGGUCGUUAUGACAAUAACUUGAGAUGUUGAAUGAGCCGUGAACUUAGAGCUUGAUGCAAAAUAACCCCCUCCUCGCUACACACAAAAUAUUACUUGGUUUGAUUUGAUAUUCAAGGUAAUAUACAGUAGCAUAAGAGAACUACUGAAGCAUGAUAUCACUACAUUAUAUUACAUUUAGUUAAUUCCCUGUAUAAUUUAUAAAUUAAACAUUAGGUGACAAUAUAAGUUUUGAAAUCAUUGGCUGAGAAAAUCCAUAUAGAUAUCAAGUAAUGAAUUCAAUGCCGUAUAUAUUUUAGGUUUUUUUUUUUUUUUUAGCUGUGAUAAAAAACAUAAAUAAUAAUUAAAAAAACCGUACGGCCAGGGAUUAAAGAAAUUAUAUGGUACAAAACCGAUCAAGGUUUUAAACAAAUGUUACCGCGACGGGGACAGGUAACUGAUAGUCAUCCCGCGAUUUUCAUGAGUUACCUAUAGAUUACCGCGUUAGAUUUUUCCCAUCGCGAGAACGCGGAAAACAAGAAAUCCGCGUUGUCCGUAAUGUAGGUAUAUAAUGAAUAUUGAAAUCCUUAUUAUCAACAUAAUUUAAUUAUAUUGUAGGUAUCGAAAUUUCGUUCUGUCUAAAUCGUUUCUAAAUUUACAACAUUUCUAUCAGGUUUUCAAUUUAUCGUGAAUAUCGUUUAUCGUGUUUUGCGUUUAUCAGGUCUAUCGUGAAGAUCGUUUAUCAGGUUUUGUAUUUAUCAGGUUUAUCGUGUAUCCUAUCAUAUCGUGCAUGUAUCCUAUCGUAUCGUGUGUGUAUCCUAUCCUAUCGUGUAUUGUGUUCUAUCGUUGCGGGUACUGUAGUUGUCUAUCUUAUCAAAUCUUUUAAAGAAACGUGAAUAAUUGUGAAGUACUUAGAGUUUUUAUUUUGUUAGUAUUUUGUGUGUAGCCAUGAAUUAGAGUACAUCCACAACACUUACAUAUUAUUUGGAUGUGCUUGUUUUAGUGUGAUAAACUACUAAUUGAACAUUUUUCUUUUUGUUAAUUAUAUAUUUCAAUAUGUGUUAUAAUUUUCAAUGUAUAUAUUAGAUAAACAUGAUACAGAG